AUGACUACAUAUCAGAUCCGCCAAGUCGACAACGAGGUGAAAGGGCGCCUCGCACUUGUCACUGGAGCCAGUGGCGGCAUCGGUUCUGCCAUCGCUAGAGCUCUAGCAGCCGAAGGAUGUGAUGUUGUGCUGCAUUGCAACUCCAGCCUAAACAAAGUCGAGUCUUUAUCCAAAGAGCUUUCAUCCUCCUACCCAGAACAGUUGUUCUCUUGUGUUUCGGCCGACUUGAGUUCACGAGAUCAAACACGCGGUCUCGUCGACAAAGUCCUCCAAGAUUCAAACAUCUCAGCCAAGCACAAGGCAGUAUCCAUUCUAGUUGCCAACGCUGGCCUUGGGAGACGAAUCCGUGAUAUCAAGGAUAUUGAAGAAGAUGACUGGGAUACUGUCAUGGAAGUCAACUCGCGGAGUCAGUUUGUUGUUACAAAGGCUUGUUUGCCAGGCAUGCGAGCGCAGAGUUGGGGACGUGUGAUUCUUAUUGGAAGUAUUUCCAGCCAUGGAGGCGGCAUCAAUGGGUGUCACUAUGCAGCAACCAAGGGUGCUUUGAGUUCAAUGGGCAAGAAUCUGGCUACUGUACUUGCUGGUGAAGGAGUUACUGUCAAUGCCAUCCUUCCAGCAAUGAUUGGAUUUACCGACAUGAUCCCUACUCCAAAAUCAACAACAUGGACAAACAAGACAGACCUGGAGGAACUCAAAGAGACCGAUCCAGGUCUAGCCAUCGCUGCGAGUGUCCCGGUGCGACGUCUAGGCCAUCCUCAAGAAGUUGCCAACGUGGCGGUCAUGAUGGCAAAAACAGGAUAUCUUACAGGACAGGAUAUUCUAUUAUCAGGAGGUCUCAAGUAG